GGUUUUAACAUACUCUCGAGAAGCCGUCGGACCCAGGAGAAAUUGAAACGACCAAUUUGUUGCCAACCGCAUAUUGGCAUUUGAAAGUCGUACUGUUCUUCACUUAUUCUGGUUUUUCAAGGUUUUCAGUGUUCCACGGCGGUGAUUUUGCGACGACGGUGAUCUGUUUUCAAGCUUCUUGCCAAAGUUUCGUCAACGAAUCAUCGUCUUUGUAAGAUGUUUGUUCAUCCAUGGAAGGGCAUCAUUGCCAAUAUUCCAACAACAUUGCAAGAUGGAAAACAUGUAGGGGAAAGUGGAAGGAAACUGAGGGAGGAUUUGGCAAAAAAGGGAUUCAAUCCAUUGAAGGUUCAACCUCUUUGGAACCGACACGGUCACUCAGGAUACGCCAUAGUAGAGUUCAAUAAAGAAUGGGAUGGUUUUAACAAUGCCAUCAUGUUUGAAAAGAGUUUUGAAUUGGACCAUUAUGGAAAGAAGGAUUACUACUCAUCUCGGAGGAAAAAAGACAAAUUGUAUGCAUGGGUUGCUCGUGAAGACGACUACUACUCUGGUGGACUGAUUGGUGAAUAUCUUCGUAGGAACGGAGACUUGAAGACCGUUUCGAGCAAAGAAGCCGAAGAUCGAAGGAAGACCUCAAAGCUAUUGACAACACUAAACAAUACCUUGGAGACCAAGAAUCAACGCCUUCAGGAAAUGCAGAACAAAUUCAAUGAAGUGAGUAGCUCAAUGAGUACAUUGAUGUGGCAAAAAGAUGACAUGAUCAGAGCUUAUAAUGAAGAGUGUAAAAAGAUGCAGGAGAAUGCUCAUAAUCAUUUCAAGCAGAUUUCUUUAGAACAUGAGAGGAAUGCAAAAUGUAUUCUAGACCAGAAAAGAGAAUUAGAGCAGCGUGAGAAGGAAUUGUUGCAACGGGAGGCCCAAAAUGAAAAUGAGACCAAAAAACUUCAGCACGAGAAGAUGAUAAACGAGAGAGCAGCCUUGGAACAAAAGAAGGCUGAUGAAACUAUGUUCAAACUGGCUGAAGAGCACAAGAGAGAUAAAGAGAAACUUCACAGAGAAAUCAUUAAGCUAGAAAAGCAACUUGAUACUAGACAAGGAUUAGAACUUGAGAUACAGCGUUUGAGAGGGGCUUUACAAGUGAUGGAGCACAUGAAUGGUGAUGGGGAUGCAGACACAAAGAAAAGGAUGGAGGUAAUUCAAGAUGAACUGAAAGAAAAGGAAGAAGAACUGGAAGACUUGGAAGAUCUUAAUCAAGCUCUUAUCAUCAAGGAACGCAAAAGCAAUGAUGAGUUGCAAGAUGCCCGAAAAGAGCUAAUCACUGCAUUUAAAGAUGUUUCCACCAGAGCUCAUAUUGGUGUCAAGAAAAUGGGAGAAGUGGACAUUAAACCCUUCUUAGUUGCUGCCAAAAGAAAAUACUCAGCUAAAGAAGCUGAUGUGAAAUCAGCAGAGCUAUGUACACUGUGGCAAGACUAUCUUAGAGAUCCUAGCUGGCAUCCUUUUAAAAUCCUCAAAGACAAGGAAGGAAAUUGCAAGGAAAUACUUGAUGAGGAAGAUGAAAAAUUGGUCGAACUCAAGACAGAGCUCGGCGACGAAGCAUACAAUGCUGUGACGAUGGCAUUGAAACAGAUGAACGAGUACAAUCCGAGCGGCAGAUACGUAGUACCGGAACUUUGGAAUUUCAAUGAAGGAAGGAAGGCAACAUUAACUGAUGGAGUGCAACAUUUACUGAACAAAUGGAAACUGCAUAAGCGUAGGAGAUACUAAAAUUUCUUCAUCAAUUUUCUUUCACUGAAGGAUCAUUUUGCAAAUCUUCGAAAAAAAGGUAAACUUAUACUGCAAGACAGAGAAAAUGUGUUAAUUCUUCCCCCAAGUAAACCAAGUUGAACGUACUUUUUUGUUUUAAGAAGUUUGAUUAGGUUUUUACUAGUUCGAGCUCCAACUUAAUAUACUUGAAUUAGUCAAUGAUUGAGCUUGGAUUAAAUUUCAAACUCUUUUUUCGAGUGGAACUGUAUUUAGCUUAUUUGAAUUUUUUUUGGAGUUGAAUGGUAUUAGAGGUAAAAGUUAGGAGUGUAAAAGAAUUGUUCUCAAGCAAACAAAGCUUUGUUUGCAUUUGUUUGUUUAUUUUUAAAGUUGUUUAUGUUCGGUUCGUAUUCAUUUAAAUUUUUAAUAUUA